AAAGCAAGGGGUAACCUGUAAUUUUUUUUUCUGACAUUAAUGUUGCUUCUCAAGCAAAAAGCUCAAUGGGCCCAAGCUCUCAAGAACCACACACGUUUUUUGAACACACAGUCUAAUGUCAUUACUGACAUGACACGCAGAGGCCUUGUGGCCAAUGUCACUAGUCCUGAACUGACGAAAAAGACCGAAACACCUACCGCCAUUUACUGUGGUGUGGAUCCCACCGCCAAGUCCCUUCAUUUAGGCAACUUCGUCACCCUCAUGGGCCUAUUGCACUUUCAUGUUCGUGGACACCAAACCAUUGCUCUCGUAGGAGGAGCCACGGGAUCCAUCGGCGAUCCCUCAGGACGUAAAUCAGAACGUGUACCUUUAUCACAAGAAAUACUCGAGGUUAACGUAGCAGGUAUACAAAGUCAAGUGCAUCGAUUAUUUAAAAAUGGUGCUGCUUAUGCAGCCAAACAUGGUUUCACCCAGACCUCGUAUUUGAAACCCAAAGUCUUGAAUAACUACAGCUGGUUUAAUUCAAUGACGGCCCUGGAUUUUUUGGGCUCGGUAGGGAGAUAUGCACGUGUCAAUACCAUGUUGGCAAAAGAAAGCGUUAAAUCUCGUAUGGAUACUACACAAGGUAUUAGCUUCACCGAAUUCUCAUACCAGUUAUUGCAAGCCUACGAUUUCUGGUACCUUUAUAAAAAUCAUGGCUGUCGUAUUCAGUUGGGUGGAAGUGAUCAAUGGGGUAAUAUUACUGCCGGUAUAGAUAUGAUAUCUCGACGACGCUCCAGUGAGCAAGAGGAUGAUGAGCCUAAAAAAGAUGACAUUGAAUCAAGAGCUUUUGGUAUCACCAUUCCUCUUCUGUUAACAUCUACUGGGGAAAAAUUCGGUAAAUCUGCCGGUAAUGCAGUUUGGUUAGACGAAUCUAUGACGAGUGUCUUUGAUUUCUAUCAAUUCUUGAUGAAAACCGCAGACGCUGAUGUUGAAAAAUAUUUAGGAAUGUUCACCUUCUUAAAACAAGACCAGAUUACAGAACUUAUGAAUCAACAUCAAAAAUCACCCGAACAAAGACUAGCACAGACCGCUCUCGCUAAUGAAACUACAGAGCUUGUACACGGCGCUGAUGGACUCCGUAAAGCCGUAACCGCUACUCGUGUUUUGUUCGGUGGAGACUUGAGCACAUUAUCAGGUGAUCAUAUCAUUGAAGCAUUUAAGACGGAUACGAAUAGAUUUGUUCAAUUGGAGCGUUCUUCUGUGGUUGGAUCUGGCUUGGAUCUCUUGGCAUCCAUUACGAAUGCUGCAAAGUCUAAAUCGGACGCUCAAAAGAAAAUCAAAGCAGGUGGAUUGUAUCUCAAUAACACUCGUAUUACUGAUACCAGACAUACCAUUCAAGACUCUGAUUUAAUUGACGGAAAAGUGUGUAUUUUACGUGUAGGAAAAUCUUCUUAUUAUAUGGUUCAGGUUGUAUAGAAAAUUUGUCAGAUAUAAAAAAAAAAGAAGUGGAGUGUUGCACACAAUAUAUGGUCUGUUUAAAUUAGAAUCUGAUUUUUUUUUAAAAUAUAUGAAAGCGGUGAGAAAAACGAAUGAUAAUUCGCGUAUAGAACUU